ACAACGUCAUACAUUCUUGCAUUGUGAUUAUAUAAAAGUUAAACGGUUUGUUUAAACAUAAUAAAAGGCAGAUAUGUGCUUAUAAAGAAACAGAUACAGACCUAUACAACAUGGUGCAACGUGUCUAGUUGUGUUUGAGAGAUCAAGUUAUAGGUUUCCCCUUAUAGAAAGAAAGAGAGAAAAAAUGGUUGAUAAUAUCAACAUAGGGUCUAAAUAUGAUAGAGAAAGCUCUAAUUACAAUUCAAUUAGUGAAGAUGGAGUGAUUAAGGAGCAAGAAAGGUUGUUGCCAAUAGCUAAUGUUGGGAGAAUUAUGAAGCAAAUUCUUCCACCAAAUGCAAAGAUUUCAAAAGAGGCCAAAGAGACUAUGCAAGAAUGUGUUUCUGAGUUCAUUAGCUUUGUGACUGGAGAAGCUUCUGAUAAGUGUCACAACGAGAAGAGAAAAACUUUGAAUGGAGAUGAUAUUUGCUGGGCUUUGGGAAGUUUAGGGUUUGAUGAUUAUGUUGAGCCUUUGAAGAGGUAUCUGCACAAGCAUAGAGAGUUAGAAGGUGAAAGAAUUAACCAAAAUAAGGGUGUUGGACUUGGGAAUAAUUUUGAAGAUCAAAGGGAAAGAGAUGAAUUAACACAAAGGGGAUCUACAAUUUCAUCACCAACUAUGCCUUUCAAAAUCACCAUCACGGAUCAUAAGGGCGAAAACAAUUUUGUCCCUACAAUACCUUAGGUUUCUCUUCUUCUUCCUUUUUCUUUGUUUAACCAUUUGGUAUCUAGAACUUACUUGGUCGAAGUAAUUUGGAUUUGCGCCAUGUGAAAUAAACUAAGUGGGGAACCACUCUCUACCAGGAGUUUAUCCGGACGGAUUUUCAUGAGAAACUUGGUUUUC